AUGCUUGAUUGGAUUAGAGUUCUAACAAGUAUGAUUGCUGUUAUACUGAUUCUGAUUCCUAUGUCGCAAGGAGGAACUUUCAUGCCAUGGAACUCGCCAGUAAUCAUCAGCAUGUCGACAUCUGGGGCUUCUCUCUUCCUUGCCUUCAUAAUCUUCGAAUGGGGCUUAGUCGAUCUACCUAUACUCCCAAUACGCCUAUUCCGAUACAACAAGUCCACCAACAUUCUUCUUGCCACUCAUCUUCUUAUUGGAUGGGUGUUCUGGGGUAAUUUGUUCUAUCUACCACUAUACUUUCAGAAUGUGCGCGGUUACAGCCCAACCGCCGCAGGGUCUCUAAUACUGCCAAUGGUGAUUGCCCACGGUGUGACAUCAGGGCUAAGUGGCUUGUUAAUGUCUUUAACUGGGCAUUACAAGCCUGUGAUCAGUAUUGGAGCAGGCCUGUGGACCACAGGGGCCAUGCUCAAAUCAAGCUAUGGAAAGACAACCUCAUCCCCACUCUUCUGCCUUACGGGCAUCUUGGAAGGGAUCGGUGUUAGUCAAUUCCAGUCGCAAUGGGCAUUUGAUAUUAUGAUCAUGUCUUCUAACAUAUCGGCAGUUUCGGGGGCAAUCCUAAACAAUGUCAUUCAAGCUGGCCUCGAGGGCCAGUUUAGUUCCGAAGUUAUUUCUCAAUUGACUUCAUCUGCCUUUGCAUUGUCGAAUCUCAAACUUUCACCGGCAGAAGAAGAUCUCAUUCUGAUGGUAUACGCGCGUGGUCUAAGAUUUGUCUUUAUCUCUUUUGGUGUCUUGACCAUGAUCAUGUUUAUGGCCUCUAUCUGCCUGCACGAUUAUGGUCUUGUCCGGAAGAACCAGUCACAAGGUAGUGAUAAUGAUGAUGAUGAUGAUGAUGAUGAACAAUAG